GUGUGUGCGUAGGCGCGGCCCAUAGCCGGCUGUGCGCGGGGCGGAUGUCCGGGCCGGCUGGGUCUGGGCGGUGGACGAGAUGGCCGAAGGUAGAGACUGUGGAGAGCGACCAGAUGCGGAGACCCAGAAGUCCGAGGUCGGGGCCUUGAUGAGGACCACGCUCCAGCGGGGAGCGCAGUGGUAUCUUAUUGACAGCCGAUGGUUCAAGCAGUGGAAGAAAUACGUGGGCUUUGACAGCUGGGAUAUGUACAAUGUGGGUGAACAUAACCUGUUUCCUGGCCCUAUAGACAACUCUGGACUCUUUUCAGAUCCUGAGAAUCAGACCUUGAAGGAACACUUAAUUGAUGAACUAGACUAUGUACUGGUCCCAUCUGAGGCCUGGAAUAAAUUGCUAAACUGGUAUGGCUGUGUAGAAGGCCAGCAGCCCAUUGUCAGAAAAGUCGUGGAGCAUGGCCUGUUUGUCAAACACUGCAAAGUUGAGGUGUAUUUGCUGGAACUGAAGCUCUGUGAGAACAGUGACCCCACCAAUGUGCUGAGUUGCCAUUUCAGUAAAGCAGACACCAUUGCGACCAUCGAGAAGGAGAUGCGAAAGCUGUUCAACAUCCCUGCAGAGCGUGAAACAAGGCUCUGGAACAAAUACAUGAGCAACACCUACGAGCAGUUGAGCAAGCUAGACAACACUGUCCAGGAUGCUGGGCUAUACCAGGGUCAGGUGCUAGUCAUUGAGCCUCAAAAUGAAGAUGGCACGUGGCCCAGGCAGAUCCUGCAGUCAAAAUCAAGCACUGUGCCUAGCAGAAAUUUUACUACCUCUCCAAAAUCAUCAGCAAGUCCCUAUUCCUCAGUGUCUGCCUCUCCCAUUGCAAAUGGUGGUAGCACUAACACCUCUGGGAUGCACAGUUCCGGUGUCAGCAGGGGUGGAUCUGGCUUCUCUGCUUCGUAUAAUUGUCAGGAGCCCCCAUCGUCUCAUAUACAGCCUGGACUCUGCGGACUUGGAAACUUGGGGAACACCUGUUUCAUGAACUCUGCUUUGCAGUGCCUGAGCAACACCGCACCACUGACCGACUACUUUCUCAAAGAUGAGUAUGAAGCUGAAAUCAACAGAGACAACCCUCUGGGGAUGAAGGGGGAGAUUGCAGAGGCCUACGCAGAGCUCAUAAAGCAGAUGUGGUCUGGAAGGGAUGCUCACGUGGCACCUCGCAUGUUCAAAACUCAAGUGGGACGUUUUGCCCCUCAGUUUUCUGGCUACCAGCAACAAGAUUCUCAGGAGCUGUUAGCCUUUCUUCUAGAUGGAUUGCAUGAAGAUCUGAACCGAGUAAAGAAGAAGCCCUACCUGGAGCUGAAGGAUGCCAAUGGGCGGCCAGAUGUGGUGGUGGCAAAGGAAGCCUGGGAGAAUCACAGGUUGAGAAAUGAUUCUGUGAUUGUGGACACUUUUCACGGCCUCUUCAAAUCUACUUUGGUUUGCCCAGAAUGUGCUAAGGUUUCUGUGACGUUUGACCCAUUUUGCUAUCUUACUCUCCCACUGCCCUUGAAGAAAGAUCGAGUUAUGGAGGUCUUCCUGGUUCCUGCUGACCCUCACUGCAGACCUACCCAGUACCGCGUGACUGUGCCGCUGAUGGGGGCUGUGUCUGACCUGUGUGAGGCUCUCUCCAGGCUGUCUGGCAUUGCUGCAGAAAACAUGGUGGUCACAGAUGUGUAUAAUCACCGGUUCCACAAAAUUUUCCAAAUGGAUGAAGGUUUAAACCACAUCAUGCCUCGGGAUGACAUUUUCGUGUACGAGGUCUGCAGUAUUUCCAUGGAUGGCUCAGAAUGUGUCACACUUCCAGUCUACUUCAGGGAGAGGAAGUCGAGGGCAUCGAGCACUUCCUCCGGGGCAGUGCUGUAUGGGCAGCCACUGCUGGUUUCUGUCCCCAAGCACAAGCUAACCGUCGAGUCUUUGUACCAGACUGUUUGCGAGCGUAUCAGCCGCUAUAUAAAACAGCCCUUGCCUGAUGAGUCUGGUAGCUCACCCUUGGAGCCAGGGGCCUGCAAUGGCUCCAGGGGUAGCUGCGAAGGAGAAGAUGAGGAAGAAAUGGAGCAUCAGGAAGAAGGUAAAGAGCAGCUUUCAGAAACAGAAGGCAGUGGGGAAGAUGAGCCAGGAAGUGACCCCAGUGAGACCACCCAAAAAAAGGUCAAAGGCCAGCCCUGCCCAAAAAGGCUUUUUACCUUCAGUCUUGUGAACUCAUAUGGAACAGCUGACAUAAAUUCUCUUGGAACUGAUGGAAAACUACUUAAACUCAACUCUCGAUCCACACUGGCCAUCGAUUGGGACAGUGAGACCCGGAGCCUUUAUUAUGAUGAGCAAGAAUCUGAGACAUAUGAGAAACACGUGAGCAUGUUGCAGCCUCAGAAGAAGAAGAAGACCGCAGUGGCCCUGAGAGAUUGCAUUGAGCUCUUCACCACCAUGGAGACCCUUGGGGAGCAUGACCCCUGGUACUGUCCCACCUGUAAGAAGCAUCAGCAGGCCACAAAGAAGUUUGACCUGUGGUCGUUGCCCAAGAUCCUGGUGGUCCACCUCAAACGUUUCUCCUACAACAGAUACUGGAGGGAUAAACUCGACACAGUUGUGGAAUUCCCAGUCAGAGGUCUGAAUAUGUCUGAGUUUGUCUGUGACCUGUCAGCAAGGCCUUAUGUGUACGACCUCAUUGCUGUGUCCAACCAUUAUGGAGCCAUGGGGGUUGGUCACUACGAAAGCAGCUUACGUGCUAUUUUACCAGCGUCAAGAUGAUGAGUCUUGCAAGAUGCCUUCACUCAGCAGUUUUCCUGGUUCCUCUGAUGGAGGAUCGAGACCAAGCAGCUCACAACAGGGCUUGGGGGAUGACGACGAGGCUUGUAGCAUGGACACCAACUGACACUGACUUGGCCGCCCUGCAGCACCAGCGCAGUCCCCCAGGACAUCUUUCACACUCUGAAGACCGCUAGUGUUCAGUCUAAACACCAGAUGAGGAAAUUCCCUUUUUUUAUGAGAAGAAGGGAAAAAAAAAGACGCUGUUUACUUGGAAGGGUUAUGUCAAAAGGCUGAAUUAUUUUUCUCUUUAAAUAGGUGGUGAGAAAUUUCUGUAAAACCUGUGAAGCUGAAAAGUGCGGUAGGGUGGGGGUACACAGCAGUAUGUCUGAUGGAUUCCAAGGACUGGCUAGGAAUGCACUAACUGAGUGGUGCAGUUGUGAAGGGCCCACGCAGGGCUGCCCCAGCUCGUGAUUUCUGGUUCUGGUGCGGAUACUACUCCCCCAGUAGUCUGCCCACAGUCAGCCAAGCCUCAAGUAAACUUGGUGUUGUCUCCUUCUCCCUUGCUGUGUGUACUGAGAUGGGUUUAUAAUUUUCUAAAAAUUAGCCACUGAAGCCCAUUUCUGUUUCUCCUUUGAGUAAUCUUGGAAUUUUCAGCUUUCUUCCCCCUAAUGAAGUGAAGAUAUUUAGUGUUGGGGUCUCCUGCCCCUCAACCUCCUGUGGAACCUAGCAGUUCUGUUGUGUCCCCCACUGUCCUUGAUGAAUCGAGACAGACAUUGUGUGGAACUUUUAUUAGCUAUCACUUAAAAGAAGUCGGUACACAAAACUGCUGGGUACCGUGUCCCAUCCAGUCAUUUCUCUCCAUGUUGGCUUGAGAACGGGAACCUCUGUGGGCGAUGUCAGGCAUGGAAAGGGCUCCGGCUCAUGCCGGUUUGGGGUGAUGCUUUCAGGUAUGGCCCAGAGUCCCUCCGGCCCAGAUCCCUUGAGAUCUCUCCUCCCCUAGCCGAGUCCGGCUCGGCCCCGCCCCGCCUCGCCUGCAGUGAGGCGGAGCUCGCGUCCCGCUGCCUCCUCCUGUGUGGGGGGGCCUCUGCCCCCUUUCCAGCCACCUGGGUGUGGGCUUAAAGAUCACAGUCGUCCGGGCCUUUUUGUCUGACCUUUAACCUAAUCCGUGGGGGUGGAGGCCCCUGGUCUCGGGGCAUGCGCGAUCUGGGCGAGCGCGGUGACCGUUGGCGGGGUGGCGGCGGUGGUGUCGCCGCGCUGCGUGGUGAGGACGCGGCUGUGGGCGGGCAGCCGUGGGUGCCGGUACUACCGAGCCUGGGAGCUGGUGGGGCGGGUGGCAGGGGCCGGGAAACCACGGGAGGCGGGUGAGGUCCCGGGGCUCCUGCCAAAUGAGAGUUCCUCCCGCAGAACUGUGGGCCACACCCGCCUACACCAGGAGGAAAGGGAAGAAAGUGCCCCGGUGCGGGGCCUCCUGCUAU